GUAUUGUGUGUGUAUGUUGCCGGUGGCGGUCGCCGUGGUGGUCGCCACUGUGGCUACCACAAAUAUCACCGUCGUUCCCACCGCCGACGGCGCUGCCGUCACCGUGAGCCCACCAGCGAUCGGCGCUGCCGCCGCCCAUCCUACGGAGGUUCGAGGUCCUGCCACCUCGCUCGCGGCGGCCGAUAAUGGUGAUAGGAUGGACGCCUGGCUCUUGGCACGGCAAUCGGCGCGACGAGAUCGCGCCACGCGGCUCGCCAGCGCCAGACUCGACGCACGAAACCUGACCGACAACCUGACGGCGUACCACCUCUCAUCAUCGUACCGCUCGUGGAGGGAGGCGAAAGACUUGCGACGCCAGCGCUGGUCAGACGACGGCAUUUCCCGCCCCGCCUUCAACCUGACCGCCUACCGCCUCUCGCCCGAGUACAUUGCCUGGAAGAGUCGGCUCGGCAACCUGACGGCCUACUACAACUCAUCAUCGUACCGCUCGUGGCGGGAGGCGAGAGACUUGCGACGCCAGCGCUGGUCAGACGACGGCAUUUCCCGCCCCGCCUUCAACCUGACCGCCUACCGCCUCUCGCCCGAGUACAUUGCCUGGAAGAGUCGGCGCGACGCGGCGAUGCGCGAGUGGGAGGCAAACGGCCGGCCAGCCGUGCCAGGGCAAGGCACUGACCUGCGCGCGUACUUUCAGCGGAGCUGGAACACGGCCACCGCAGAGGGGUACGACUGCACAAGGCCGCGCCGGUUCGGCCCGAGCGGAGACGGAGGCAAGGUCGUCUGCCUCGACGCGAUGCCGCCGGCCGCAGAGCCGUGCUUCAUGCUGUCGAUCGGGUACGGCUCCGACGCCGGCUUCGAGCACGCGCUGCACGCCGCGCACCCUCGCUGCGUGGUCGAGCUGUGGGACGGCACCGUCGCCCCGCGCGAGCAGCUGCCCGGCUGGCUCACCUUCCA